UCUUCAUCAGUUUCACAUUCCGAAUCAAAACCUCAUUUCACUCUCAAGAUACUAAAGCUUAACUCAUAUCUUUAAGUGUUCAAGAAAAUGGACAAGAAAGAUAAUGGUGCUAAAUCUGGUAAUGUAGCACAAUCCGGUUGCACUGGAUCUGUUACGGGGAAUAUGGUGGCGCCAGGGACUGGAGGUGCAGUUCAGACACCUCGGGAUGCUUUUGAAGCUAACACCAAGGCUUAUUUUGACAACCUUCAUAACAAGGACAAGGCUACUAAGUGAGAAGUGUGUAGUGGUUAAAUAAGAAUAAUCAGCACCUUUGUUGUUAUGCUCCUGUGAUGUGAUUUUCCUAUUAUGAUCACAAUUUAAUUAAAUAAAAUGAGUUAUUAUUUCUCUUGUUUUUCUUUCCUUGUUCUGUAAUUUAUCGAAUACUAGAGCAUUCUAUUACACUGCAUUAAUCUUUCUUUGGUCACUUCACAAGCAUUUUUUAAGUCUUACGACAAAGUUUUAAUUAAUUUUACAAUAGUAUUUGUUAAAGGUGGCUUUCUAUAUCAGUUUUAAACAAAAUUUAUAAUAGUUUUUACAUAUUGGUUGAUAGUUUACGUUAACCCUGCGGAUUGAACCGUACCAGACAGAAACGAACGAAUGUUUCGGUUCACUUUUGGUUAAGAGUUUGGUUUGGUUCAGAAUGCUUUUCAAAAUCAAUUUGGUUUUGGUUAGGUUCGUCUUGGUUUAACGAACUGAACGGUUAACCAAUUUUUCUAAAGUAUUUCAAAACUGAACCAGUUUAUACCGAAACUGGACCGAUGUUAGCCAUCUUAAUAAAUGUAACCGAAUUCAAUUGAAAAUAUCUGAUUUUAACCGAAUUUUCAUUUUUUCUACAAAAAUAUUUUUGGUUUAUUUCGGUCUUGAAACAGAAACCGAAAUGAACCGAUAACCGACAACCGAACCAAAAUGUUAUUCGGUUAAUUUUAGAAUUGUUUUUUAAAAAAAAUCUGUUAACCGAAAAUCCCAGGCCUAGUUCACGUUAUCAUCUCGUGUUUGAUAAGUUUUCUUAUUGUCGUCAAUGGCAAUAUAUAUGUGUGUAUGAAUGCGUGUACAAAUCUCAAUGGACGUAGAAUAAGUGAUCAUAUUAUAUGUGUAUACAAAACUAUAAGUAAUUGUUAAGCCUAA